AUGGGGAGAAGACAGUGCAACUUUUUACAUUGGAAUUCAGCAUUGUUCCUCUUUUGUGCCGUCGUUGGUUGCUUUUCGUUCCUUCAAGUUGAUGCUGCUCUAAAGCAGUACCAGUUUGAUAUUCAAGUGAAGAACGUUAGUAGGUUGUGCCAUGCCAAGCCAAUUGUGACGGUAAAUGGGAUGUUUCCUGGACCAACUAUUUAUGCCAGAGAAGGAGACAGAGUUCAAAUUAACGUGACAAACCAUGCUCAGUACAACAUGUCUAUUCAUUGGCAUGGAUUGAAGCAGUUUCGAAAUGGCUGGGCAGACGGACCGGCUUAUGUAACCCAAUGUCCAAUUCAGACAGGCCAAAGUUAUACAUACGAUUUUAAUGUAACAGGGCAGAGGGGUACAUUGUGGUGGCACGCACACAUUCUUUGGCUCAGGGCAACCGUGUACGGGGCUAUUGUCAUCAUGCCGAAACCAGGCGUGCCUUAUCCUUUCCCUCAGCCGGCUUUUGAGUACAAUUUAGUCCUAGGAGAAUGGUGGAAUGAUGAUGUUGAAGAGGUGGUUAAACAAGGUAACCAGUUGGGAUUGCCUCCGAAGAUGUCUGAUGCUCACACAAUAAAUGGCAAGCCAGGACCACUUUUCCCAUGUUCUGAAAAAUACACUUAUGCAAUAGAGGUAGAACAAGGGAAGACAUAUCUCUUGAGAAUAGUCAAUGCUGCACUCAACGACGAGCUUUUCUUCGCGAUCGCUGGACACAAACUGACUGUGGUCGAGAUUGAUGCUGUGUAUACGAAACCUUUCACAACAGAUGCGAUCCUGAUCGCCCCCGGCCAAACAACCAAUGUCCUUGUCACCGCCAACCAAGCCUCUAGCAGGUACUUCAUGGCUGCUAGGCCAUUCAUGGAUGCACCAGUAACAGUCGACAACAAAACCGCCACAGCCAUCCUGCAAUACAAAGGGGUUCCAAAUACCAUUUUGCCUAGCCUUCCUAAUCUGCCAGCUCCUAAUGACACUGCCUACGCACUAAGCUACAACGCGAAACUCAGGAGCUUGAAUUCCCCGAAUUUCCCUGCAAAUGUACCCUUAAACGUGGAUCGUCAUCUGUUUUACACAAUUGGUUUGGGAGUGAACCCUUGUCCAACCUGCCAAAACGGCACAAAACUCACCGCUUCAUUGAACAACAUCACUUUCGUAAUGCCUCAAACAGCUCUGCUCCAGGCGCAUUACUUCGACCAAAAGGGUGUCUUUACAACCGAUUUUCCAGACCGCCCACCAACCCCGUUUAACUACACAGGCGCGCCACUCACCGCCAACCUGAGAACUGUCCAAAGUUCCGUACCACGUCUCAGUAAGAUUAAGUAUAACUCAACAGUGGAGUUAGUCCUGCAAGAUACCAAUCUUCUUACAGUUGAGUCGCAUCCUUUCCAUCUCCACGGCUACAAUUUCUUCGUUGUUGGCACCGGAAUCGGUAACUUUGAUCCUAAAAAGGACCCUGCAAACUACAACUUGGUUGACCCUCCAGAAAGAAACACAGUUGGAGUUCCCACAGGCGGUUGGACUGCCAUUAGAUUCAGGGCUGACAAUCCAGGGGUGUGGUUCAUGCAUUGUCACUUAGAGCUACAUACAGGUUGGGGAUUGAAGGUGGCUUUUGUUGUAGAAGAUGGUCCAGGAGAAGACCAAACUAUAUUGCCUCCACCAAAAGAUUUGCCAUCUUGUUAG